UAUUGAAGUUUCUUUAGAUUCUCCAGCGGAAUCAUCAGCCAGUUUCAGCUUCAUCACUUACUGAGGGAAAACACCACCAUCAGAAAAUGUUUCCAAGCAGAUGUGUAUCCCUGACCCUGUUUCUGUGGAUUACGGCCUCCCUGACUGCCGGGAAUAUCGCAGCGAAGAAGCAGGACGACUCCUUCACCGGCAGCAUUUAUCGUGCAAGAUGCGCAUCUAGAUGUCUGAGCCUGCACAUCACUCGCAUAUCUGCCUUUUUCAAGCAUUAUCAGAAUAACGGAUCCUUGGAAUGGUGUCACAACCAUAAACAAUGCUCCAAGUGCCUGGAGCCUUGCAAGGAUUCAUGGGACCUGAAGGAGAAUCAGUGCCAAGAUUUGUGUGAGUCGCUGUUUCCCAAAAAGCAUUACGAGUGCCUGACAAGCUGUGAAUUCCUGAAAUCGGUGGAGACAGUGAAACAGGGGGACUGUCCCUCUCCGGAAAGGGCCAGUGGCUUCGCGGCUGCCUGUGUGGAGAGCUGUGAGGAAGACGCUGAGUGCUCCACAGUGAAGAGGUGCUGCUCCAACGGCUGUGGACACACGUGCCAGCUGCCCAAGAACCUCUACAAAGGAGCACCUCUGAAACCCAGGAAGGAGCUUAACUUUGUUGAGCACCCUUCGGGACACCUGGAGAUACAAUGGUCUUCAAAAUUCAACAUCUCAGUGGAGCCCGUCCUGUACGUGGUCCAAAGGAGGUGGAACUAUGGCAUCCACCCCAGUGAGGAUGACGCCACUGAAUGGGAGACUGUGGCACAGACUACAGAUGAGAGCGUAAAACUGAUAGACAUCAGAGCCAGCAGGUGGUACCAGUUCCGAGUGGCAGCGGUCAACGUCCAUGGGACCCGGGGCUUCAGCGCCCCCAGCAAGCAUUUCCGCUCCUCCAGAGAUCCAUCUGCACCACCAACUCCAUCUAGGCUAAGGAUCAGCAGCAUGGCAGUCAGUGUGGAGGGAGGUGUCUCAGCCCGUCUUCACUGGACCUUGCCAGAGGACCCCGACAUCCCCGUCCACCACUAUAAGCUCUUCUGGAGCUGCAGUGACACUGGGACAUCUGUGAUGCUGACAAAUAGGAAGAGGAGAAGGACUCUUAAUGGGGCUCAGAACUAUGUGGAUCUGGAGGGUCUCCAGGAGGACAGCAGCUACUCUGUGGAGCUUCAGGCUGUGACAUACUGGGGUCAGGUGCGCCUAAGGAGCUCCAAGGCAUUGCUGCAGUUCAACACGACUGGACUGAACAGCACAAAAGAGGCAUCAAUGAAAUCCAAGAAUGACCAGGAUCAAGUAAUGAGCUCCAUGUCUGCAAAACGGGCUGCGGGCCCGCUGGAGGUGGGAAGCCCAUACUACCAGGAUGACCAGCUUCAAGUCAAAGUCUACUGGAAGAAGAGAGGAGAACCAGAUGGACUCGGAAGUCGCUACCAUGUUCAGUGGAUGCCUGAGUUCUGCAGCCACAAUGAAACAAGGGCUCAUGAGAAAACUGUCACACAGGAGAACUACAUCAACCUCCCUAGCCUGCUGUUCUCCUGCAAGUACAAAGUCACCGUGCGCACAAUGAGGUCAAAGGGCCGUUCCAAAGCAGAGAGCGUGACCUUCCUCACACCAUCCUGCUCCUCAAUCAGCAGCGAGAGUCACAAACCCAUCCAGUGCUCCUGGGAUGCCAAAGGACCCACAAAGGUGUCAGCCAAGCCAGAGAACCUGACAGCAGUCUUCUCUGUUCAUGAGAGAAACAUCACAGGGAGCUUCUUCUGGAAGGUCUCAAGGACACACCCACACCAGCGAGUCACAGGCUUCCAAGUCACAUGGGCAGAGGUGACCACACGCAGCAGGCAGAAUAGCCUGCCUAAUAGCCUCAUCUCUCAGUCCCAGAUCUUGCCCCCGGACCAUAAUCUAUUGGUAGUUUCCAACCUUCGACCAGCAACGUACUACAGGCUGGAGGUGCAGGUGCUGACGACGGGGAGGGAGGGCCCCUCUACCAUGAAGAGCUUCCAGACGCCCACGCUUCCACCUGACCAUCAACAACGUAAAAAGAGUGACUUACCGGCUCGCUUUGAUGGACCCAGACAUAAAGAGCAUCACCAGCAUCACCCAAAGCCUUCGUUGGAGUAGCACAAAGUACUCAGGGCAGCGUGGUGGAACACAGAAGAACAGAAGUAAAGAUCAGGCACGGUGGCGCCUUUCAUCACACUCGGCUGUGUCCGAGCCUCUCUACUCAGAGGCCCAAGCCGGCCCUGUGCGACCAGACACCUAGUGUAUGUUUCCAAGUCUUCACUGUGACAAUAGGACAAUUUCCUUAAAUGAUCCAGGAAGAGUUGCACUAUUGUUGUAGUAUAAAGGUAUCGGACUACAUUUUGUAAAAUAGAAAUGUUCUCUCUUUCAAAAAGGAUCAGAUUUGACUGUAAAUCCAUUAAAUGCUACGAAAAUUAGCAAACAACUUCCUUAUAGUACCAAAUGUAUAGCACCAGACAUGCAGCACUGUGGAUUGAUGGAGACAAAUAUAGUUUAUCAGAGGACAGGUUGUAGGGUGACACUGCAUGUAGGAAGUAUUUUUAUUAAUGUUGUAUCUACUAGCUUCAAACUGAAUGUCCCCCCCAGAGUUUUGCAUGACAAAGCAUCUCUUACUAGGCAUGAGCUACAUUCCUGUUACUUUUGUUGAAUAUGUUAGCAACUUAGACUAACAGAUUUUAUUUCUCAAAAGAAUAAUGUCCUGUCUAUUAAUAUGAAAUUUGUGUUGAAAUUUAAUCAUACACAUGUAAUUGGCUGUAGAAUAUUCUAUGCGGUACAGUCACUAAUUGUCUAUAUUUAUUUGUAUAUUACAAAAUUUAAUUUGUAUUUGUGCAUAUGUAUCUAUUCUGUGCGUGUGAGCAUGUUUGUUCUAGCCUAGCUAUUUUCUAAACUGACAAAAUUUUAUGUAAAGACAUUUUGUAAAAAUGGAGUUGUAAAUACAUGCUGUUUUGUUCCAUGUUAUUUACCCCCCCCCCCCCCCCCCCCCCGAGUCUGAAAUUACCCGUACUGUUAAAUAAAGUUUCAUAAAGGUGCA